ACUUACCGACUCACAUUAUAUUUACGUCUCACUUCCUUCGUGUUCCCCCUCUCUUGCUUCCACGUUUUCCCAUGGCUUCCAUGUCACACUUUUCCACCCUCGUUAAACACCACCACCACCACCACCAACAACAACAACCCAACUCUCUAGCUUUUUAAACACACUCAAACCCGCCUCUAUUUAUUACCCCCCGUCUCUUCUUUUUAUGCUCACAAGGCGCAACUACCAUGAGGCUUUACGUGUAUGUGAUGGAAGCUCAUGACUUGGUUGUGAAGGACUCUUGCUUUGUGGAGCUUCAGGUUGGGAAGCACAAGUCCAAGACUAGGAUUUUGAGGAACACCAACAACCCUGCUUGGAAUGAAGAGUUUUUGUUCAGGGUGUAUGAUAUGAAUGAGGAGCUACUUGUGUCUGUUUUUCACCAGGAUGAUGACUCUAAUGGUCUGUUUAAUGGGGCGGAGUUAGUCGUCCGGGUUCGGAUUCCGGUGGGGUCUGUUGCUGCUGAGAAUAAUAGUACCUUGCCGCCCGCAUGGUAUUCUUUUGAAAGGCCCAAGUCCGGGAAGUUCAUCAAUACAGAUUGUGGAAAAAUUCUUCUUACUCUAUCGUUGCAUGAAAAAGGCCAUGAUGCCGCUGCUAAUGACCUCCCUUGUUUGCACUCAAAUAUAACUGAGGAGCCUAAAGAGAUUGACAGUCCAUUUGUAUCAUCUAAUGGUGUCUUAUGCUCCAAAUCUCCAUGUGGAAAGAUACCGGGAGGAAAACAAUUGAUGAAGGCUCUUAGGAGACGUAUGGACAGGCUUCUUCAUAAGAAUGAUGAAGCUUCAAGAACUGAUGAUUCCUCAGGGCUGUCUAGUUCAGUAUCUGACUAUGAAGAUUGCAUGGAGGAACAGCAUUCUAAUUGUAGCUUUGAAAAGUCUCUUGAAAUGAUGCAGUCAAGUGAGAGCGAACAAAAAAUGCCAGAGAAUCUUCCGGGGGGAAUUCUUAUCGAUCAGGCUUAUGUUGUUUCACCAAGUGAUCUUAAUGCAUCUCUUUUUACCCCAAAUUCACAGUUUAGGAGAGAUUUAGCAGAACUGCAGGGGACAACAGAUGUACAUGAAGGGCCUUGGACAUGGAAAUCAGGAGAGAUGUCGUGUUUAACACGGGUAGUUACCUACAUAAAUGCUGCAACAAAGUUGGUUAAAGCUGUUAAAGCCACAGAGGAGCAAACAUAUCUCACAGCAAACGGAAGGGAAUUUGCUGUAUUGGCAAGUGUUUGUACACCCGAAGUUCCGUAUGGAAGUUCAUUCAAGGUUGAAUUGCUUUACAAGAUAUUGCCUGGACCAGAGCUACCUUCAGGGGAAGAAUCUUCUCGCCUUGUGGUAUCCUGGGAAGUUAACUUUCUCCAUAGCACAUUGAUGAAAGGCAUGAUUGAAGGAGGAGUUCGACAGGGACUUAAGGACAGUUUCGAGCAGUUCUCCAUCUUGAUGGCUCAGAAGUUUAAAGUGCUAGAUUCUACAGAUUUGUUUGACAAGGAUCAUAUCCUGGCUAUGCAGGCAGGACACCAAUCAGAUUGGGAAUUGGCAAAGGAAUACUUCUGGAAUAUGACUGUUGUUUCCACUAUUUUUAUGGUUUUAUAUAUCAUGGUGCACAUUUUACUUUGUGAACCAAGUAAACUCCAAGGCCUAGAAUUUCAUGGACUUGAUUUGCCAGAUAGUAUCGGAGAGUUUAUCACAUGUGGAAUUCUAGUCCUUCAAUUGGAGCGCAUUUAUAAUAUGGUUCAACACUUUGUGCAAGCUAGGUUGCAACAAGGAAGUGAUCAUGGAGUCAAAUCCCAAGGUGAUGGAUGGGUUCUCACUGUUGCCUUGCUUGAAGGGACAAACCUAGCCUCCUUGGAUUCAUCAGGGUUCUCUGAUCCCUAUGUGGUUUUCACCAGCAAUGGUAAAACAAGAACAAGCUCUGUCAGGCUUCAAACUACUGAUCCUCAAUGGAACGACAUACUUGAGUUCGAUGCUAUGGAAGAACCUCCAUCAGUUCUAGACGUGGAAGUUUUUGAUUUUGAUGGCCCUUUUGACCAAGCCAUGUCUCUAGGGCAUGCUGAGAUCAAUUUUCUGAAACACUCAGCUACUGAACUCGCAGACAUGUGGGUCUCCCUUGAGGGAAAGCUUGCUCAGUCUUCUCAAUCAAAGCUGCACUUGAGAAUCUUUCUGGACAAUAACAAAGGACAUGAAACAAUUAAGGAGUAUAUGACCAAAAUGGAAAAGGAGGUUGGAAAGAAGUUGGAUCUCCGAUCGCCUCAUAGGAAUUCUACAUUUCAGAAAUUGUUUGGGUUGCCACCAGAAGAAUUUCUUGUCAGUGAUUUUACAUGUGCACUGAAAAGGAAAAUGCCAGUGCAGGGCCGACUUUUUCUAUCUGCAAGAAUAGUCGGGUUUUAUGCAAACUUGUUUGGACACAAAACAAAAUUUUUCUUUCUUUGGGAGGAUAUUGAAGAUAUCCAACAGCAUCCACCCUCCCUAUCAUCUGUGGGAAGCCCUUUGCUGGUCAUUGUUUUGAAAAAGGAUCGAGGUAUUGAUGCAAGGCAUGGGGCGAAGUGCCAAGAUGAAGAAGGCCGGCUUAGAUUUUAUUUCCAAUCAUUCUUGUCGUUCAGUUCAGCAAGCAGGAUGAUAGUGGGCUUGUGGAGAACAAGAGCACUAAGUCCAGAUCAGAAAGCACAAAUUGCUGAAGAUCUGGAUGAUCAUGAAGAAAGGUCCAAGAUGCUUGAAGAUACUGAAUCCAUACUCAAUCUUGAAGAUACAAAGAUGUCUAAAGUUUAUACUGCAGAAAUACCUGUGAAUACAAAAUCUUUGAUGGAAAUGUUCAAUGGAGGAAAGCUGGAGCACAAAAUUAUGGAGAAAUCAGGUUGUCUUCACUAUGCAACUACUGCAUGGGAACCUAUAAAGCCAAAUAUCUUUGAGCGACGUUUGUCUUAUAGAUUCAACCGCAAUGUUUCCAUCUUUGGGGGAGAGGUGGCAUGCAGACAACGAAAGUCUCCAAAUGCAAAUGGUGAGGGAUGGAUCAUCGAUGAAGUUAUGGCCCUGUACGGUGUUCCAUUUGGCAAUCAUUUUCGGGUUCAGUUAAGGUACCGGAUUGAGAAAUCUGCCCUUGCUCAUAAUGCAUGUAAAUGCAAUGUCUAUGUCAGGGUCACCUGGCUCAAGAGCACGAUGUUUCUGGAAAGGAUCAAACACAACAUAACUGGGAAGUUUGCUCAUAGGCUGCAGGAUAUAUUUGAAAUGGUAGAGAGAGAGAUUCUCUUGACACCUCAACAGGACAUUGGCCUUUGAUAAUUGUUAAAGUGCUAAUAGGACAUGCUAAAAGUAAAUUCUGUUUUUCUUACGUAGUUUCAUUAAAUUGAAUUA